UUUAUCAGUAGUCGUUGAUGUACACGUUAAGAACAAGUAAUUCCUUAUUCUUAAGAUGUACGAGUCGACACAAAUAUAGUCGAGUCGACCCGAUCGCUGGAAUAUCUCAAUAUUUUAAAUAAGAGAGGGAGUAAAUUUGAGUAAAAUUGACAAAAAUAGCUAUGAUGGUCUAUCUUUCAUCCUCUUUUUAUUAAUUAUAUUUUUGAGGUAACCAUAUGAUUUAGUUUUUAAUUUUAUUAUUCCUUCUACGUAAUUCCUUGUUCUUAGAUAGAGACGGUGUCUCUAAUCUGUGGGUAUACUCUGUGAUCCUAACUAUGCUAGGAUAUCCUGAAAAAAAUGCGUACUCUUGAUGACAAAAUAGUUUAUGCAUUGAAUACAUCUAUACCUACAGAAUCAUUUCAUAAUAAAGUAAAUGCUACAGCAGCUUGCCAAGACUUAUAUUCUCAGAUACAGAAAGGGCACUCUGAAAGAGAGAAAGUAAUUAAGAACUGUAUUUUGGUUACUGCUGAAUCUGUAAAAAAACUAAAGACUAAUAAAGAGGAAAAACCCGAUGAUUAUGAAGUGAUUAAAAAUUUAAAGGCUGAGCAAAGAAAGCUGCGUUUAUUACAGACAGAACUUAGUGUUGAAGAAGUCAUAAAGGAAAAAACAAAUAAAGUGUUCACAGAAAGCUGUAGAAGUUACUUUAAACCUGAUAAUUUAUGAAGACUGAAAUAUGAUUGUUGUUUGAAUUUUAUAGUAUAAAUCUAGUAGUUGC